AUGGCUGGAGGAAAUUGUACGGCAGUGACCGAGUUCAUUCUCACAAGUGUGACAGAUCAUCCAGAGCUGCAGGUCCCCCUCUUUGUGGUGUUCCUAGUGAUCUAUGUUAUCACCCUGGUGUGGAAUCUGGGGAUGAUGGUUUUAAUCAGGAUCGACCCCCAACUUCACACCCCCAUGUACUUCUUUCUCAAGAAUUUGUCUCUCGUGGAUGUCUGUUACUCCACAGUCAUCACUCCCAAGAUGCUGAUGGAGCUUCUUAGCCGAGAGAAAGCUAUUUCCUAUACAGCGUGCAUCAUUCAAUAUUUUAGCUUCAUAUUGUUUGCCAUCUCUGAGUGCCUUCUGCUGGCAGUAAUGGCAUAUGACCGUUAUGUAGCCAUCUGUAACCCACUGCUGUAUAUGGUCAUCAUGUCGCCAAAGCAUUGCCUGCUGCUGGUGGCUGGUUCAUAUCUAUGGGCCUUCCUGAACUCCGUGACACACACGAGCGGUUUGUUAAGAUUAUCCUAUUGCAACUCCAAUAUCCUGAAUCAUUUUUUCUGUGAUAUCAACCCACUUCUAAAGCUCUCCUCUUCUGGCACCUCUAUCAAUCAGCUGCUUGUUUUCCUCUUUGGCAGUCUGAUUGAGGUGAUCAGCACUGUGACCAUCCUCAUCUCAUACAUCUUCGUUAUUGUGACUGUGCUGCAGAUCCGCUCCACCGAGGGCAGGCACCAAGCCUUCUACACCUGCACCUCCCACCUGAUGGCUGUCUCCAUGUCCCAUGGGACAAUUCUCUUCAUGUAUUUCCGACCCAGCGCCAGCUACUCGUUGGACACAGACAAAAUGGCCUCCGUGUUCUACACAGUGGUGAUCCCCAUGCUGAACCCCCUCAUCUACAGCUUGAGGAACAAGGAUGUGAAGGACUCCCUGAGGAGAGCAAUAGAGACAAAAUUGAGGGCCCAUUUUUCCCCAAAGGGUGUCAGAAUAGGACAACCAAAUCCUUCAAUGACUUCUCUGCACACAUAG